AUGAAACUUCAAGUUCAACCUUUAAGUUCAAACUUCGAGUUCAUCCUUCAAGUUGAACCCCCAAGUACAACCCCCAAGCUCAACCUUCAAGUUUCACCUUCAUGUUUAACUGCAAGUUCGAACUUCAAGUUCAACCUCCAAGUUCAACCUUCAAGUUCAAACUUCAAGUUAAAACUUCAAGUCGAAACUUCACAAGUUCAACCUUCAAGUUCAACCUUCAAGUUCAAACUUCAAGUCGAAUCUUCAAGUUCAACUCUCAAGUUGAACCUUCAAGUACAACCUUCAAGUUCGACCUCUAAGUUCAACUCCAAGCGGGUAGGACCGAGAUGGGUCCAGAAUCCCGCUCCAUCGACGAGAUGGGCUGCCCCACGGAUUCUGGGGGGGGGCAUACAAACGGCAAGAGCGAACAAACCAGCAAGAGACCAGACUGGGACACCUGAACAUACUACUGGUAUCGAGGAAAUAACGAACCCUUUCGCAAAAAGGAGUGUAUUGCAAAGGUCACCCAUAAUACAAAGAACCUGCUCCUUAUCAGACCUAGGUUCAGCUGGAGGACGAGGACAAUCGGAAAAUAUCUAUAAGAGAAAAAAGUUCGACUUUCAUUCAGAAGAAAAGCAAGAUCUUGAAAAUCAGGGAGCUCAUUUCAUGAAAGUAGUUGAAAGGAUGUGCCAACAAAUAAAGUUACUCGAAGUAAUUGUCAAAGACGCUUACAAACCGAAAAAAGAGUUCCAAGAAAUCUCAGGAAAACUAGCUUUACAAGUCGAAAAACUCCAAAAUCAUCCUUCAAGUUCAAACUUCGAGUUGAACCUUCAAGUUCAACCUUCAAGUUCAAACUUCAAGUUCAACCUUCAAGUUCAAACUUCAAGUUCAACCUUCAAGCUCAAACCCCAAGUUGAACCUUCAAGUUCACAAUUCAAGUUGAACCUUCAAGUACAACCUCCAAGUACAACCUUCAAGUCUAACUUCAAGUUCAAACUUCAAGUUCAACCUUCGAGUUCAACCUUCAUGUUGAACCUCCAAGUUCAACCUUCGAGUUCAACCUUCAAGUUCAAACUUCAAGAAGAACCUUCAAGUUGA